CGUUCAUUAUGCUUGAAUUUAAAAUUUAUAAUUAACUGACGCCAACAUGAAGUUGAUGAAGUGGAUGGAAUUACACUUUGGGCGUUCACGCCGCAAAUGCAAGAAGGGAAAGACACAAGAUCCACCGUCAGACAGCCAAGAAUACAUCGGGUGUUUAACCAUAGAUGAUGAGAUCCCUUCUGAAUUUCCUGGCUUGGACAAUAUAUUUUCUCAUACUAUUAAUCCCAGAGGUUGUCUAACACCUCAGCUUCCCAAUAAAAAGAACAAGAAACCCGUUAACAUUAGAACCAGCUUUCUAGAUCUAGCAGUUUUGCCAGACACCAACUCACCUCGUCAGAGAUCUAGGAUAAAAACGAAUCCCUGGCUACCAUCACGUGGCUCCAUCUCUAGUUCUAUGAGUAGUGGCUCCCAGUCGUCCAGCACCUCUGAAAACUCGGAGAAUUGUGAACUAGUAAUGAAACCACCUGGACCAUGGGCCUCGCUUUCGUUUCUUCCAAGUGGUCGAGAAUAUAGCCCUCUACCGGCAAUUCGAAGAAUCAGGCUACUGGAAUGGAGCUCGGCAGAUAACAGUCGGCUUCCAUGUUCUCCCGUAUUUUCUAACUUUAAGUUGAACGAGCAAUCCAGCCUACGACGAAUGAUCGCAACGCCAAUAUCUCAGCUGGACUCUAGCGCCAGCCUAGAGAAUGAACCCAGCAUUAGACCAGAAAUCAACUCUACAAACAUCGAUACGUCAGCAGAUUCUUUUUACAAAAAGUGGUUUCUAGACCCUAAUCUGGAAGUUGAUGAAGCUUUUUCAGAAGAUUACCAAUUAUCGGAAGAUGGUGAUUCUGUGCCCACAGUAAGCCCUACAGUUGCAAGCAGUCCACAAGCAGAUAGUGCCUGUGGCAGCUGUAGCACCACGCCUCUUUCAGAGACUGCACAAGACCACCUAGAAAAGCCUGAUUUUGAGGAAUCACUGGACGAAAAGAUGGUAAGGCUACAAGCUCAACGUCAGCAAAUGGCAGAGAAAAUGACCGCAGCCCGCCAGGAUGACCAGCAAAGACAAGAAGAAGCUGUCCGUCUUCAGCAAGAGCUUCUGGAUUACCGAAGAGCUCUGCUGCUACGAACUCUUCAAGGAUUGCGGAAUCGUCUUGAACAACAAGGUGAGAGGCUUCAGAGGGCUUAUGGCGCCACUGUAGAAAUGAAGAUGAAAUUUAAAGAUAAUACUUGGGCCGAAGAAAUAAAUUAAUGAAAAUAGAAAAACUGUACUUACAAAUAUCUUACCCCUUAAAAAAAAUUUACAAUGAAUACUGUGACUUCACAUUUCUCCAAAUCAUUCUACAAAUUUAAUUUAUUCUCACUUUUGUAGAACAAGUUGUUGCUGUUGUUGUUUUUACCGCAAAUCUACACAAUGGAUUAUUUGCGCUCUGUCUAUUGUGGAGAUUCGAUUUUAGCUUUGUAAGUCUGUAAACUUAAUGGAACAAGUCUGAGAUGUUGUAACUUCUUAUCUUAUAACUAGCAUAUUCAUCUCCAACGCCUACCUUUGUAUUAUUCAAGCUAGUUAGCCACUUUGUAGUUUAAAGUAGAUUUUUAUUGUAGCUGGUAAUUAAAAAUCCAUUUUUUCCCAACUCUAAUCCCGAUCACAAACCUUAUUUAUGAUUUUCAAAGUUAUCGCAUUAACAAAAAAUGCUAAAAUUGCUGAUUUCUACAGUGGAUAAACAAAUUUAGUUCUCAUGCUGAUGAACAGUGAUUUAAUUCAAGUUUAUUCUUAUCAGUUCUUUCUAGAUCUGGUACAUGCCUCUUCCUUCUCAACGUAAACAUACUUCAUAUAUGGUUCCACUACGCCAUUCUGGACAGAUUUCAGUCUAAUUGGUUCUAUUAUUUAGAAACCAGGUGUAGUCUCAUUUUUUUUCCACGUAAUUCGUUUUUUUAAUUGAUAUUUUGAAAGCUUCUUCCAAUAGCGACGUUUGGCUUCAUUCUCCUUAAUUAAUCUCCCUCGAACACGUUCCUAAACCAUCUAAGAAGCGCCUAAUCAUUAAACAUGCGUACUACAGGUGUCAUAAUGUUGUAUUACUGCAGAUUUUCUCGUUAAUUAGUAUUACUCUGUAGUUAUAUGAUAAACAUUAUGAAACGUUAAGAUUUUUACAUUUAAUAGCAUUCUUUAAAUGUUGCAAAAUUCCUCAUGUUCUUUCUAGGAAUACUUUAUACAAGUCAAGGUGUUUGUGUAGAAUAUAAUAAGCUUUAAAAAUUAAAAGCUUUAUAUGUAUUACUAGUCGUAGCACAAACAUUUAAAACGUAAUAGAAAAACGUUAGUGAAAUGGAAUUCUAUUCAAUCUGUGAAUUUUGUGUAGUUCUUUAAAAUCCUAUUAUAUUUCAGAACGUAGGGUUAGAACAAAUGUGAAUACCCUUAUCUUUCUUUAUGUGUUUUUAAGCAACAAUAACGAUGUAGUAUAAUAACGUAGAAACCUUUAGGAUAUCAAAUAAAGUUAAGGUUUAAUUUCAGAAUAUUAAUUACCAUAUUGUUAACAGAACAAUGUUUCUUGGUAGUGGAACAGUUACGCAUUGUUAAUAGAACAAUGUUUCUUAGUAGUAUGACAAUUAUUGCAUUAUUAAUAGAACAAUGUUUCUUCGUAGUAUGACAGUUACUGCAUUGUUAAUAGAACAAUGUUUCUUAGUAGUGUGACAGUUAGUGCAUUGUUAAAGAACAAUGUUUCUUAGUAGUGUGACAGCUACCGCAUUACUUACAGAUCAAUGGUUAUUGGUAGUGUGCUAAAUAAAUUAUCUCAGUGUAAUCUUGUAAUCAUUAUAGCACACUCGGUGAUCUCUAUCUUCUCGAUAAUCUUUUGGUCUUUCCAGGAAUUAAAAAAUUGUAGAGACAUCUUAAGAAUACGGCCGAAAUUAUAAGUAAAUUAAUCAAAAUUUUCCUCUGUUUUUUGUGUUCAAAUGAAUUUCCGCACGACGCUGUAAUGAUAGUCACACACACAAAAGCAGAAAGGCAACACCUAAUUUGAUAUAUUUUAAUUCAAGCGAAUUUAAGAUAAAGUUUUUCGUCAGGUUUUGCGUCAGAGAUACAGUGUAUUUCAUAAUGAAACAUAAAUAUUCUUUAGAAAUAGCAUAUGCGGGAAAGAACUCGAUAACGAAGCCUUCCUUCUCGAUUUUAUCAUUACCUUUAUAAAUGAGAAACUAAAGGCUUCCUUCUACUGCAAACCUACAAAGAAAUAUCUUUGUGUUGUUUACAGGUAACUUAAUUUAACUACAACAAAGGUUGCCAUUCUUAAAUGACAGUUCAUAAGUCUUAGAAGAAUUUGCUCAAUCAAUGAAAUAUUUCCCACAGUUUCAGGAGAGACAAUACUCCAAUAAAUGAAUAUCCAAGGCUAGAAACGAUCCUUUUUUUUUCUCUCAUACAAAGAUUUUACGGACCAAAUAAUAAUCUAACUUGAUAGAUAUCUUCAAUCAAGGAAAAGAGAAAUUUAAUAGGCUACAUUCCACUUAUUUUGACCAAAGAAGGAAAUGAGCUAAUAGAAACCAUCCCACUAAUUUGGACCAAAGAAGAGUCCCACUCAGCAGACUCAUUCAUUUUUAAUAUCCCACCUCUUAAACUACCAAAUUGAUUUAAUAAUUUCCCAUCAUUUUAAUACAUGAAAUGUACAUUCAAAUCUACAUUCAGUUUUUUUUUACAAAGAGUCUUUCUGAUUUGUCAUAAGCGCAAACAAAAUUUAAAGUAAACAUGUGUUAACUCUUUGCAAAAUGAGACUUGUACGAAACACAUGUAUGUAAACAACAACGAAGCCAGGCAAAAUUAUACCUCAUGCGUGACCGCGUGGACUCCAGUAUACUAAUGAAAAGAUUGACGAUCUCUGUCAACAUUCAAGGACAAUACAGUUGUAUGUAUGGCUUUAUGGUAUUCGAUGCACUAAACAGAACAUACUUUAGAUAAGUAAAACAUCACGCAACAUUUAUUAAACACCUUGGAUAAGACAAGUAAAAAAAUGGUGAUACUGACCUUCCAGUAUCGAGGGCGUGGACUCCAGUAUACUAAUGAAAAGAUUGACGAUCUCUGUCAACAUUCAAGGACAAUACAGUUGUAUGUAUGGUAUUCGAUGCACUAAACAGAACAUACUUUAGAUAAGUAAAACAUCACGCAACAUUUAUUAAACACCUUGGAUAAGACAAGUAAAAAAAUGGUGAUACUGACCUUCCAGUAUCGAGGAGCUUUAAUUCUGAUAAUAAUUACGUUACUGACAGUCACAUCCUCGUUCUGAAACGUAAUCUUCCGAAUACAAUUAUGAGAUGAAAAGAAGAGUGUAGGAUAAUAUAGACACAUGUGCGUGCGUAUUGUCUAUAUUAUGUGUAUACCCUUUUAUUUUAGUUAUACUUGUAUAUCCCUACUAGAAGAUCAAAAUUAUUAACUUCAUGUUUCAAUAACUCUCACACUGGAUUUAGUAUUAUUAUGGAUUAUUAUUGGUUUUGCGGGCACGUGCCGUAUAUAUGUUAAUUUUACAAAACACUUAUUUUCCGUAUUGUAACACGAGAUAAGUUUACAGUGAAACCUGACGAAACAUGAUCACCCGUAAAAUCGCUAAGUCGAAUGUUAGGACGAGAAGGUUGAUUUACUGCUGUGUAUAUACGUGGCUAUCUGAUGACUUCAUUUCUGUCAUGUACUUUUGAUAACGUGAAAAAUAACUCUACGUGCACAAUAAAACAUGCCACAGUAAAAAGACGUUUAUAAAUGUAGAUUGAGUUAAA